CUGGUUGACUUUAGCAAAUGAUCAUUAAGUAGGGGAUCUCGAUGAAGAUGCUCCCAUUGAACCAAGGGUAGGUGUUUAGUGUAAACCUAGCACAUGCACCAACUGGCGCGCACCUUCACACCCGACAGCACGGGAGAGCAACGGAACUAGCCGAAAUGCGGAUCCCUGUUCAGCCAUCCCUGCUAUUCUUUUGGCGGCAGCUUUCUAGAUUUUGGGGAUGCCUGCCGCUGAACAGUGCCUGCGACAAUCAAUCCACGACAUCUCAGCCAAACUCCAACUUCCUUCGCGAUUCCGUGCCUUCGGUAUUUGACGAUACCCCCGGCGAAUCCAAAUUACAUAACCGCCAAAGAAUGCGCUAAGUGAAACCUAAGCCGCCCGAAAUAAUCGAGGGAAUCGACAGCGAAAGCCAACGCGUGCGCCGGGCAGCCAGCCGCCAUCAUGUCGUCUUUUGGCCCCUCGUCCUUCUUGCUCGACGAUUACUUGGAGAAGCUGCCAGGCGCAACGUUUCGAAAGCUGUACCAGCAGCCAUCCACCGCCUUUGCUAUCUUUCGGCGCAUGCUUCCACCUUUAGCAAAGGUAUAUGUUCAGGCCCUGCUGUACAGUCCGACCCCCCUUACGACAAAUGAUAUCGAGCUCUGGACGCGACCAGAAGGCAAAGGCACGAGCAAUAGAGCGAUCGCGAGGCUGCGCUCACUACACAUCGCCCAGUUAUCACAGUCGACCAGGGCCAAGAAAGCACAAGAUAUUCAACUCACAGCCAACUUCAAAAAAUCUCUACGACUCGCCCUCGAGGGUGGCGGAUCACACAACAGCUUCGGCGUACCAAGCACAUUACCUACCGACCCAAUGAUACACGUCCAAUAUCUCGACCACUGGGCCGGGAGAAUAUGGCAAGACAUUCUUUACUACGUCGUCAACAGCGUCCCCAUGAAAGCCAACGAAUCCGGCGGCCGACACGGCUCCGGAGGCGGCGGCCCAAAACGAGCAGUCCGCGAACUCCUCAAAAUGGGCGGUCUCGUCCGCGAAGGCGCCGGCGGUCUCGUCCAAAUCAGCGAGCAUGGCUUCAACUUCCUCCUCCAAGAAGCCAACGCCCAAGUCUGGACCCUCCUCCUCCUCUGGCUCGAAGCCGCCGACCGCAACAAAGCCCUCGCCAAAGAGCAAGGCACCGACAUAACAGGAACAGCUAUCGACAAUGUCGAAAUGCUCUCCUUUCUCUUCAUGCUCGCCUCCCUCGAGCUCGGCCGCGCAUACGACACUUCUGCUUUGACCGAAACCCGAAAGAACAUGCUCCCCGCGCUGGCUGACUUUGGCCUGAUAUACAUCGACCGUGAUAGACCACAGCAAUACUACCCGACCCGAUUAGCCACCACUCUUACCUCCUUAUCAACCAUGAGGUCAGUAUCAGCCAGCAUUGAUGCCGCCACGAAGAAAACCCCCGGUGACGCGGGCAGUCUGGGAGCAGACUCCACCCCAACAGCACCGGCGGAUGAAAACGGCGGGAUUGUAGUUGAAACAAACUAUCGUAUCUAUGCUUACACCUCCUCCCCUUUGCAAAUCGCCAUCCUCAAGCUGUUCUGCCGGCUACACAUGCGGUUUCCAAACAUGGUCACCGCCAGAUUGACGAGAGAAUCAGUCCAGGAAGCCAUCAAGGAAGGGAUCACGGCGAACCAAAUCAUUGACUACCUUGUCGCGCAUGCACACCCACAAAUGAGGCGCGCCGCCGCGGCGAAGGGCACGACGGUAAUCCCGCCGACGGUGAUGGAUCAGAUCCGACUGUGGCAGCUGGAGAGUCAGAGGAUGCAAAAGACGCCAGGGUUCCAGUUCAAAGACUUCGAGAGUGUGGAGGAGUACAGGCAGCUGGCGGAGUACGCGACCGAGAUAGGGGUCUUGGUUUGGAAGGAUGAUCGGAAGGGCACGUUUUUCGUCAGCAAGGUGGAGCAGAUUAGGGAAUUCUUGAAGGCAAGGAAGAAGGGGAAUUAGGAAACGACCCUACAAGGGAACGUGCUUUUCUGGGAUUCAGAGUAACACGGCUAAUGAUCAUUGUUGAGCGAAAAGUUCUAGCACAACGGUUUUUUCUCACCGGGAAACCAGAAUCAAGCUGAGAUAAAACAUUGGCCCAAACUAACUUCCUCGCAUUAACCUAGCAAAAAUGCUACCUCCA